AGCCGAGGCUCUUCCGCGCCGGCAGGGGCAGCAGCGGGAGCAGCGCGGGGCGGAGCGGCGCGAGCGGCCAGGAGCGGCCCGGCCCGGUCCGGCGCGGCGGCGGCAGCGGCAGCGAUAGCGACGCCAGAGCCCGUGGGCACCGUUCGCGAGGCCGCCGGGGCCCGGCCGCACCGCGGGGAGGCCUGGGGGCUGGAGGCCGCCGCUGCCGCCAUGCCGCUGCUCUUCCUCGAGCGCUUCCCGUGGCCCAGUCUCCGUACCUACACUGGCCUCAGCGGCCUGGCCCUGCUCGGCACCAUCGUCAGCGCCUACCGCGCUCUCAGCCAGCCCGAGGCCGGACCCGGGGCUGGGCCCGCGGAGACGGAGCCGGUAACGGCCCCAGUGCAGCCAGACCCAGCCGCGCUCGUCCGGCCUAGCGUCGGAGGACCCCGGGCCCGCGACGUGGCCCAGUACCUGCUCUCGGACAGCCUUUUCGUGUGGGUUCUGGUAAAUACUGCUUGCUGUGUUUUGAUGUUGGUGGCUAAGCUAAUCCAGUGUAUUGUGUUUGGCCCUCUUCGAGUGAGUGAAAGACAGCACCUCAAAGACAAGUUUUGGAAUUUUAUUUUCUACAAGUUCAUUUUCAUUUUUGGUGUGCUGAAUGUCCAGACAGUGGAAGAAGUGGUCAUGUGGUGCCUCUGGUUUGCUGGACUGGUAUUUCUGCAUCUGAUGGUUCAGCUCUGCAAGGACCGGUUUGAAUAUCUUUCCUUUUCUCCUACCACACCGAUGAGCAGCCAUGGUCGAGUUCUGUCUCUGCUGAUCGCUAUGCUGCUUUCCUGCUGUGGGUUAGCAGUUGUCUGUUGUGUCACAGGCUACACCCACGGGAUGCACACAUUGGCUUUCAUGGCUGCAGAGUCUCUUCUUGUGACAGUGAGGACUGCUCAUGUGAUUUUACGAUAUGUAAUUCACCUUUGGGACCUCAACCACGAAGGGACAUGGGAAGGAAAGGGAACAUAUGUCUAUUACACAGAUUUUGUCAUGGAGCUCACUCUCUUAUCCCUGGACCUCAUGCACCAUAUUCAUAUGUUGUUAUUUGGCAACAUCUGGUUAUCUAUGGCCAGCUUGGUCAUCUUUAUGCAGCUGCGUUACCUAUUUCACGAAGUACAGCGUCGAAUCCGCCGGCAUAAGAACUACUUGCGAGUAGUUGGGAACAUGGAAGCCAGGUUUGCAGUUGCAACUCCAGAGGAGCUGGCUGUCAAUAACGAUGACUGUGCCAUUUGCUGGGACUCAAUGCAGGCUGCAAGGAAACUGCCUUGUGGACAUCUUUUCCACAACUCCUGUCUUCGUUCCUGGCUAGAACAAGACACCUCCUGCCCAACAUGCAGAAUGUCUCUUAAUAUUGCUGACAACAGUCGUGUCAGGGAAGACCAUCAAGGAGAGAACUUGGAUGAGAAUUUGGUUCCCGUAGCUGCAGCCGAAGGCAGACCUCGCCUCAACCAACACAAUCACUUCUUCCACUUUGAUGGGUCCCGGAUCGCAAGUUGGCUGCCGAGUUUUUCCGUUGAAGUGAUGCACACCACCAACAUUCUAGGCAUUACGCAGGCCAGCAACUCCCAGCUGAACGCUAUGGCUCAUCAGAUUCAAGAAAUGUUCCCCCAGGUUCCCUACCACCUCGUACUGCAGGACCUCCAGCUGACACGCUCAGUCGAAAUAACAACAGACAACAUUUUAGAAGGACGGAUUCAAGUACCUUUUCCCACGCAGCGGUCAGAGAGCAUCAGACCUGCAUUGAACAGUCCUGCAGAAAGGCCAAACGGCGACCAGGAGGAGGGGGAAGCUUCUGCCCAGACGGAGCGUGUGCCGCUGGACCUCAGUCCUCGGCUGGAGGAGGCGUUGGACUUCAGCGAGCUGGAGGCGGAGCCCAGUGAGGGUGAGGACUUUGAGGCCCGCGGGAGCCGCUUCUCCAAGUCUGCCGACGAGAGGCAGCGCAUGUUGGUGCAGCGUAAGGAUGACCUCCUGCAGCAAGCUCGGAGGCGUUUCUUAAACAGAAGUUCUGAGGAUGACUCCGCCUCGGAGAGCCCCCUCCCCUUGGAAGGCGCGACCUCUGAUCCUGUGACGCUGCGCCGAAGGAUGCUGGCUGCCGCCGCGGAACGGAGACUCCAGAAGCAGCAGACGUCCUAGCACUUCCUCAGCUGCCUCCUCCUGAGCUGCGCGCCCGCCCAAGAGGCCUGUCCCCAGUUCUGCCUGCUGUUCGAAGACGUGGGCUUGACUGCAUUGCCGCUGUAUAAAGCAUGUGGUCUUAAUAGUGUUUGGACAGCUGACAAAUUUAAUCCUUUUUUGUAAUACUUUCUAUGUGACGUUUCUCUUCCCUUUAGAAACACCACACAUUUUAACCCUAGGCGUGAUCUCUUCUGCAUUGACUGGACUUGCUAGGGGUGGGGGAGGAUCGAGAGAAAGUGGGCAACCGGAGGCCCUGAAGCAGGCAGCUUCGAUGACUGGUUUAUGCAGAAAUCACAACAAAUGCUGGUGUCUUUAGCUCCAAAUUUGGCAGAAAGUGUCUGUGUUUGGGGUGGUGGGAGGAUCGGGGAGGCUGGCGGGGGGUGGGUGGGGGAAGGAUCCAUAAAAAGCAGCGUAGAGAUGUAGAGCCUGGGCCCGACUUCACACCACUGUGUAAUUUCUGUUGUCAGACUGCUGUUCUUAGUGAGGAGGCAUUCGGAAUGUCACAGAGGCCAGACCUACAGGCUCUUGGACUCCUGGACCGACGGGGCAUCUUGGAAAAGCUGUGUUUAGUUUGAUACCUGGAGCAGAAGAGGGGAAAGCCCAGGGAUGGAGUGUGAGGGGGUGACCUGUUAUGUGCAGUACAUCCGGGACUGAAUUUCUGAGCCCCUGAUCCAAAGCUGGCUUCAUUUCCGUUAAUGCUGGUGCUCCCCAGCAUAGAGUACACCCGGUGUGGCCUCUCCUCUCUGCACCUCAUUGCCACUGCCGCCCCCGCCCCCGACAUGGGGAAGGUCAGCAUUGAAAGGGUUACGCAGCAAGCUUUAGUUCAUGGUUUUAAUUCCUUGGUCACAUAAAUCGGGCAAUGCCAAAGGCUGUGUGUUUGAAAGUGUGGGCCUUAUAAGACGGGAGAGUAAAUUUUAGGGGGCUUUAUUGAAGAAAUAAAAGAUACCUUUUGACUCUUU